GGGGAAUGUGACGUCGAACGUGGCGGAGAAAUUCGCCAUCUUCCAGCCACCCGCCGACGUACGACGUGCUGGAGGAGGAAGAAGGGAGGCUGGUGGUGCCAGGUGUCACGGCGGAUAAGAACAUGGAUGUCCAUACGUUGGAUACCAAAGCUCGGAACAAGGUUGUGGCCAUGUUCUGGAAGCACCCUUUUGCCAGAUUCACCCUUCUCUAUUCCCAUGGCAACGCCGCCGACCUCGGCCAAAUGCAUGAGCUCUUCAUCGAGCUCAGGGCUCAUCUCCGAGUCAACAUCAUGUGCUAUGACUAUUCAGGCUAUGGAGCAUCUUCUGGAAACGCGCCGGUCACCAGCGUCAUGA